AUGGAGUACCUGAAAAUCAAAAGAGAGCGUGCUAGUGAAAGCAUCCAUCAGCUGAAAUAUGCCUUGGAGGAAAGAGAGUUUGCAGAGGGUGAGGGUGAAGCUGGAUUGGACCAGUCCUCUCUGGACAGGGGUGAUGAUGAGAGGGGGAAUUCUGCUUGGCAGGAACUGCAGCACAGUCAUGCAGUUAAUCAACUUAAAACUUUGUUGCAACAUCAGGAGAGAAUGGAAAGUGAAGCCUCCCUGUCCAGGAGGAGGAUGUCAUUCUCUAACCCCCCAGAAGCUGCAACUGAGGAAUUACCUGCCCUUUCUGAUCUUGUUCCUAUAAUCAACGAUCAGUCCCAGUACAUUAACCACUUAGAAGCAGAAGUGAAGUUCUGCAAGGAGGAAUUGUCUGGGAUGAAAGAUCAAAUACGAGUAGUUGUACUUGAAAAUGAGGAACUCCAUCAGAAACUGAAAUUUUUAUCAGCAGAAUACACAUUGAGAGAACAAAGUCUUCUAGAUGCCUCAGCAAAUACUCAGAGCUCCUGGCACGUAGAUGGUAAAGACUGUAGUGUACUUCAGCCUGUCACCUCAUCACCAGCAUGUAACAAAAAGCAGGCUUUGGCCUCGGCAGCUGUUGGAGAUACACAAAAAUGGCACGUAGAACUGGAGAAACUGAAACUUCUUUAUCAAGAAAAGGUCAAUAUCCUUGAUGCGCAGAUACAGUCUCUAAGAAAAGAUCUCUCAGAAUCUCAGAAGACAUGCCAAGAUUUGGAAGGAAGGCUGAAACACCAGAAGUCACUCAUUUCAGCUGCAAAUUCCAGUCGGGUUGGUGGUCUGUGUCUGAAAUGUGCACAACACGAGGCUGUUCUUGCACAGACUCAUUCUAAUGUUCAUAUGCAGACCAUUGAGAGGAUUACAAAAGAAAGAGAUGAUUUAAUGGAUGCGCUCGUUUCAGUGAGACGGAACCUGAGAGACAUGCAGCACAGAGAGUCUAACGCUUAUGAGCAAGUGAAACAAGCUGUGCAAAUGACAGAAGAGGCCAAUUUGGAAAAAACAAAGGCUCUAGUCCAGUGUGAGCAGCUGAAAAGUGAGAUGGAGCGGCAGAAGAAUCGUCUUGAAAAGGAAUUAGUUGCCCAGCUAAAUAAGAGGACUGAUGAAAAAGAAGCACUGCGGGAAGAAAUGAAGAAAGAAAGGGAGGAUUUGGCAGCAAUGGUGACAGCCAUGUCUGAGAAUGUGGCCACGUUAGAGGCUCAGGUGGAGAGAAUUACAAGGGAGAAGAACUCACUAGCUAACCAGUUAGAAGAAACGCAGCAUCAACUUUCGUCUCAUGAAAUGGAGAUGAAUAAGGUGUGUGGAGAAAUGCGCUAUCAGUUGAAUCAAACCAAAAUGAAGAAGGAUGAGGCAGAAAAGGAGCUCAGAGAGUACAGAACAAAAACUAUAAGGGAGCUUGAAAUUAAGGACCAGAAAAUAGAAAAACUGGGGUUAGAGCUGAAUGGAAACAAACAGCGUUUGGAACAAGCCCAGCAGGAUGCAACAGGAGCCAGAGAGGAGUGCCUAAGACUGACAGAACUGCUGAGUAAAUCUGAGCACCAACUGCACCUCACCAGAUUGGAGAAAGAGAAUAUUCAGCACAGCAUUAGCAAUGAAGCAAAGGCCCAAGCCCUUCAGGCCCAGCAAAGAGAGCAGGAGCUGACACAGAAGAUGCAGCAAAUGGAGGCCCAGCAUGAGAACUCACUCACAAUAAAUGAACUAGAUUCAUUGCUGGCCUCCCAGAAUACGUUCAUAGCAAAAUUAAAGGAAGAAUGUUGUAUGUUGGCAAGGAAGUUGGAGCAAAUAUCAGAAAAAUACAGAUCUGAAGUCAACCAGCUUAGUCAGGAAAAAGAGUAUCUUCAUGGCAGAUUGGAGAAGAUGCAGAAAAGGAAUGAUGAAUUGGAGCAACAAUGUAUCCAGCAUGGGAGAAUGCAUGAGAGGAUGAAGUCGAGGCUGUACCAGCUUGACAAGCACUGCCAGGCCACUGCCCAGCAGCUAGUGGAGUUACUCAACAAACAGAAUCAGCUCUUCAAAGAGAAGCAGAUGCUUACAGAAGAGGUGCAGUUUCUGCGAACACAGGAAAGAAAAUGGGAUGCAGAUCUCAAACAAGCCACAGAUGGAAUCAAGUAAAAACCUGGAUGGAUAGAGAAAUGAACAGAAGAAGAACUCACCCACAGGCCAAAGCGACACAGAUCAUAAAUGCAGCACAGCUCUACAGACCACAGACUACUUCAAAACUCAUCUUUCUUUAUCCUGCAGUUCUCCUCUGUACCGGUCUGAAACUUGGCCUUAUUUGAAGCUCAUCCAAAACAACAUUUGCAGCAGAGAGAGACGCCCUUGCUAACUAACUGCAACUGAUUUGUAGUUGAUUUUUAACUACAGAAUGUAAAUAUUUUCAAACAUUAAAAGCCUACCACACUUUUAAGGAAAGCACCUAAUAUAAGACUCUUCUGAAAAGGCCAGACUUGCAAUCCAGUUUUAACAGCUCUUUCUUACCGUCAUAAUUUGCACAAUUUUUUAUAAAUACUUUUGUCUAUUUUUGUAAUAACAUUUGUGUAUUAUUUACUUAUGGAAAGCCUAAUAAACUUAAUUUGAUUCUUUUUUUUUUCCUGGCUAUUCUUUUUGCAUUCAAGGGAAUGUGUGCGUGUGGGGUGGGGAGGAGAGGGGCUGUAAGCACAAGUCACACUGGCCUUGUGUUCAUAAUCUCAUUACCAGAAUCUACCUGGGAAACUUUAUUUGUACAUGACAUUCAUCACUUUUAUACAAAAGUGAGAGACUAACAAUGAUGUAACCAUCAGAAAAAAACGCAAGAAUGACAGAAAUACCUCCAGACUGUGUGGAAUAAUUUCCAUAGGAAGGUUUUCCCUUGAAAAUGUUCACUGUAUACAGCUUUGGAGACAAAGGAACCCUUAGUGAGGGCUGAUACAUGAAUGAGGUGCCUGGCUGUCAUGACUUUUAAGUGAUUCUACGACUUUGCCAUUUGCAAAUAUUUAUCUAUCAUCUGUCUCAGGGAUGAGCAUCAGCUGAACCUGAGUUCAGCUUCAAACUACUGAAUUCAAAAUAUUUUGAGGAUUUUUUUUGCCGCUUAACUUCAUAAUCCUGUUUGGAAAGUAACUCUUAAAAACACUAGACUGUGUCAGAAAGAACACAGCUGGAUCUUUUGUUGAAUAAGUGUACAGUAAGUAUAUAAGAAAAAAAGUUCUCCAUCUAGUACCCUCAGUGUAUCAAUCAGACCAGCUG